CCCCCCGCACGCCACCUGUCCAAUCCAACCUUUCCCAGCCGCAACGCAAGCGCGCACGGCCGAACCGGCGAAUCCCUCGGCCUCCCCAGCCCAGUAGCCUCGCGAUCCGGCCUCCCCCAGCGCACCUCCGGCCUCUUGAGCCUCGACCGUCCCUCCGCGAUCGUGAUGUCGACGCAGUCCAUCUCGCCCGCCUCCGCGUCCGCGCAGUUCUCCUACGCCGCUGCGGCGUCGGCGGCCGUGGCCGCGACCCCGUCCUACUUUCCCGUGCCCUUCCACCUCCAGAAUGUGCAGUACUCAGCUUGGCCGACGACGGCGCCCGCGGUGGCCCCGGUGCCUGCGUACAACGCCGUCUACCCCAUGCCCCAAGUCCAGCAGGCACAGCAAUUGUUCCAAAAGGACUCGACACUAAUCACUCUUGAGGCUCUAGCCACUGUUAAGGCUGCUAUUGCAAAUAGUGAGAAAGACCAGAAGGUUGAAGCAACAAAAAAGGCAGUACCUCGAAAAGCAGCUGGGCAAAGUUGGGAGGACCCGACCUUAGCUGAUUGGCCUGAAAAUGAUUUUCGUUUGUUCUGUGGUGAUCUUGGGAAUGAGGUAAAUGAUGACAUUCUUACAAAGGCAUUUUCAAAAUACCCAUCCUUCAACAUGGCCAGGGUUAUACGGGAUAAAUUUACUGGUAAAACUAAAGGGUAUGGUUUUGUUAGUUUUGCCAAUGCAUCCCAUCUUGCUGCAGCAUUGAAAGAGAUGAACGGUAAAUAUGUUGGAAAUCGGCCAAUCAAAUUACGGAGGAGCACAUGGAAAAACAGAAUAGACUAUGAAGCUUUGGAGAAGGCGAAGACUCGACCACAGAAGAGAAUCAAAGCGCAGAAAAGAAGUGUUCUUCACAAGUGAAGCUAAUAAAUUGUACUUGUUCAUCGUGGCAGUAUCACGUUUGAGAAGGUUGUCCGAUGCUUUGACAGUUCGGUAACAUCAACUGCCAUCCUGCUUAUCGCAUUCAUAUGCUACACCGGCCGCUGGGCAAGUAGCCAAGUACCAGCAUGCAAUAUCUUGUCCAGAAUUGUCGCUUAUUUGGCGCAUUUCCAAUUAAUUAAAAACAAUUGUAAAUACUAAAUACUGUGGUGACCAAUGCUUUUCAUGAUCA